UUUCAGUAAUUACCAAAAGAAAAAUAUUUAUAUAUAGGGAGUAGUAUUUUACAACACAAAUACAUUAUUUUAAGGUUCCGUUUCCAUGUCUACCUCUGCCUCUGCUUCUGCCCGAGUCUUGGCAUGGAGUGACCUUUAAGUAUAUAAGUUGAGGUGUUUGCAAGUGUUGAGAGUGGAGUUGGAGAAGAAGUUGUAGUUCCAGUGAUAAGUAGAAUACAAGUAAGAGCAACUGAAGAAGCAAUUUAUAAUGGCUAAAGAAGUGUCAAAUGGACCGAACCAUGUCACCUCCAAGCCGCCUCCCGAGCCUUCACCACUGAGGAGAGCAAAGUUCUUUAAGGCAAACAUGAGAAUCUUGGUUACUGGUGGAGCUGGAUUCAUUGGCUCUCACUUGGUCGACAAACUGAUGGAAAAUGAGAAAAACGAAGUGAUUGUUGUUGAUAACUACUUUACCGGCUCUAAAGACAACCUAAGGCAAUGGAUUGGUCAUCCACGAUUUGAGCUUAUUCGACACGAUGUCACAGAGCCUUUAUUAGUUGAAGUUGAUCAGAUAUACCAUCUUGCUUGUCCUGCUUCCCCAAUUUUCUACAAAUACAAUCCUGUGAAGACAAUAAAGACUAACGUAAUUGGAACGUUAAACAUGUUGGGACUUGCCAAGAGAGUAGGAGCAAGGAUUUUGCUGACAUCCACAUCAGAGGUAUACGGGGAUCCACUUGUGCAUCCUCAGACUGAAGAUUACUGGGGCAAUGUGAACCCUAUAGGAGUCAGGAGUUGUUAUGACGAGGGGAAAAGAGUAGCAGAAACUUUGAUGUUUGAUUAUCAUAGGCAGCAUGGAAUCGAGAUACGGAUUGCAAGGAUCUUCAACACUUAUGGACCCCGGAUGAAUAUUGAUGAUGGUCGGGUUGUCAGCAAUUUCUUAGCUCAAGCAAUACGCGACGAAGCUUUGACUGUUCAGUUGCCUGGAACUCAGACAAGGAGCUUUUGUUAUGUUUCUGAUAUGGUUGAUGGUCUUAUUCGACUGAUGGAAGGAGACAACACCGGACCAAUCAACCUUGGCAAUCCAGGUGAAUUUACGAUGCUUGAGCUCGCAGAGACUGUAAAGGAGAUGAUCAAUCCAGAAGUGGAGAUCAUGACAGUGGAGAACACUCCUGAUGAUCCUCGCCAGAGAAAACCAGACAUAACGAAGGCGAAGGAGCUGUUAGGCUGGGAGCCGAAGAUCAAGUUGCGCGAUGGCAUUCCCCUCAUGGAGGAAGAUUUUCGCAAGAGGCUCGGAAUCUUGAGGAAGAACUGAACUCUGCAAGCAUACUUAGUAUGCCAUAAUAAUCCAACCAACAUGGACAUCUGAGACAUACCUCUAUCCGGCUUCGACGCGUUUUUUUUCUUUUUUCUAUUUUUUUUUUGGGAAAUCCCAGUCCCUGUUUUGGAUUGCUAAGUGUUGUGAUUUUUGGGUUGCCAUUUUGCCUUGUUAUUGUUUUUUCUUUUUAUGAAGGGCAAACAUGUCCUUUCAUAAAACUUCAAGUUAGUAUUAAUAAGAUAUUGAAAUUAUUAUCA